AUGUCCGCGCCAACCCCACACUCACUAAUAAACACCUCCAAAGGUGAUCAGCGUGAUCAACUAUCUAAACCACUUCCUGUUCAAUCGUCAACACCCACUCAACCUCAAGUUACUCCCAACCUUUAUCCUCCUUCACCUAAUCCUCUUUCUCUUACUUCAACUCUCACUCAACCUCAUGUUACUACAAACCCUCCCUACUUUUAUCCCCCUUCAAACCACCCUCACGGAGCUCAGCAUGUGUAUCCUGUACCUCCUAAUCAUCCACCUUUUCCAAUGAACCCUUAUCGACAAUCACCGAACCAUUUUCAACCACCUCCAAAGCAUUACCCACCACACAACCCGUACCAGCAACUCGCUUAUCCUCCACAAUUUCAACAAACCUUCAACUCUUACCCGACAAAUUAUUAUCCUCCUCAUCCUUCUUCAAACACUUUUGUUACCCCUCAACCUCCUCCGAAUACUUUCAUUCCACAACCACCAGCUGCAAAUACUUCUUAUCCCCCUUACCCCCUUCCACAUCAAUACAUGAUGAACGGUGGAAAUCCGACUGAAGGUCCUCUUGAUGAACCAACUCCAGCUUCCCAAUCCCAAUCUCAAAAUCCGGCUUCAACGUGUACCAAUACAGUGUCUAUCAACUCGAGCUUACGUGAACCUACACAAAGCCAAACUACAGCUGGAGACCUUGAUGUUCAAUCAAUCACGGACACGACAAUCAAUAAUGUUGGGGAGGAGGAUCUUGCCGAGGCCGUUGAACUUAUUCAAAAUGAAUGUGACGCCGAUUGGCCGCCCAUUGGUAAGUUUCAUUUUCAUCUUUGUUCAAGAUAA